ACGCGGGAUAUUCGGAGCCCACUUUAAAGUUUGGUUACGUUUUCCAUUCGUUUCUGAGACGCAAUGUAACGGACUUAACGUUGUAUCUCCGCGCCUCCAAUCUCAAACGCCUUCUCUCUCUCUCUCUUUCUCUCUCUCUCUCUCCACGAACACAACCCAAAACCCAUCAAACAUCAUCAUCGAUCGGCAGAGCACUAUUAUCCUUGAAAUCAUCUUUAAACCAGUACAUUUUUCUUUUUUCUUUUUCUUUUUAAUAUGAAUUAGGCCAACCAAACCAACCGAUUCUUGAAAUGAUCAUGGACGUGGGAUUUUAGCACCAUUCCCGUUUUGCAGUGUGCCAAGAAGGAGCUUGGAUCGGAUCUCUUGGCCCUGCAAAAUUUAUUUUUUCCUCUACAUCUUUUCUGAUCAAUGGGGAUAUCAUCGGACAAUGCUCAUGGACUUGUUUUGGCCGUUUCAUCAAGCAUCUUUAUUGGGUCUAGCUUCAUUAUCAAGAAGAAAGGUCUUAAAAAAGCUGGGAAUACAGGAACCAGAGCAGGAUCGGGAGGGUAUACAUACUUGUAUGAACCUUGGUGGUGGGCUGGAAUGGUAACUAUGAUUGUUGGGGAGAUAGCGAAUUUUGCUGCUUAUGCAUAUGCCCCUGCAAUUCUUGUAACUCCCUUGGGAGCUUUAAGUAUUAUCUUCAGUGCAGCGCUAGCUCAUUUUAUUUUAGAGGAGAAAUUGCAUGUCUUUGGCGUGCUCGGAUGUGUUCUCUGUGUGGUUGGCUCUGUAAGUAUUGUUUUGCAUGCUCCUCAGGAGAAAAAUAUUCAUUCUGUUAAGGAAGUGUGGCAUCUCGCUACAGAGCCAGGAUUCAUCGUUUAUUCUAGCUUCGUCGUGAUUCUGGUCGGUGUCCUCAUUUUCCGGUAUGUCCCACGCUACGGACAAACCCAUAUGGUGGUGUACAUUGGAAUUUGCUCUCUCAUGGGCUCUCUUACGGUUAUGUGUGUGAAAGCAGUGGGGAUCGCUUUGAAGCUUACAUUUUCAGGAAGGAAUCAAUUCACUUACUUCCAGACAUGGUUUUUCACUCUGGUUGUGGUAGCGUGUUGUCUUCUACAGAUCAAUUACUUGAACAUGGCUCUGGAUACCUUUAACACUGCUGUCGUUUCUCCCGUUUACUAUGUCAUGUUUACAUCGCUCACCAUAUUUGCGAGUAUGAUCAUGUUUAAGGAUUGGGACUCACAAAAUGCAUCACAGAUUGCAACUGAAUUGUGUGGCUUUGUCACGAUAUUAUCAGGGACAUUUCUCCUUCACAAAACCAAGGAUAUGGGAAAUAGCAAAACUGUGGAAUCCCCUGAUUUUGUAAGCCAAAGCAACCGCAGUUCAAACUCAAAUACUGGAUAGAAACAUGUAGGAGGCUUAGGAUGGUCUUUCAGCUAUAACCCCCCAGGUAAAAAGUACUUCUGACAUUGAAAGAAGCUUGAUGUGAUGCACAAAUGGGAGAAUGAGGGUAGAACAUAAAUUUGUAAAGCUUGUGGCUUGGCAAAGUUGGUUGUUUUAUUUGGGGGGUGGAGGAGGAAGAUUUUUGUGAAUUUGAAGAUUUUGGGAUGUGUUCUAAAAUUUGUAGGAAUUCUGUCAUAGGCCGUUUCCUUUUCUUUUUUCCUCUCUUGGACAGAGUUUUAGCAUGUGAAUAUGUUGAGCAAAGAUUAUGACUAUUGUUAUUCAUUAGAAGACAACAAAAA